AUGGUAACCAAACAUUUUGUUGCUAGAGAAGACGAGCUUGUCAAUAUGCACGAAACGCUUCAUCGUGAGCAAGGCCGCCGUACUAUGGUUGUGCAUGGCCUUGGCGGGAUGGGUAAAACGCAGCUCGCAAUUGCGUACAUGAAGUGGCACCGAAACGAAUAUCCAGCAUCGAUUCGGUUGAACGCACGAGACGAAACAUCGUUACAGCAAAGUUUCCGGAGCGCAGCAGCAAAGGUCCUCGAAGAGCAUCCCACUUUUACCUAUAUGCAAACAGCAUUGGAUCAAAAUAACGGCGAUGCAUCGCAUGCUGUUAAGAGGUGGUUGAACGAGCGAGGAAAUGAUAAAUGGCUGUUAAUCUGCGACAUUUACGACCACCCUAAAAGGAGAGCAGAUACCAGCGGAAUAUUGGCUUGUAGGGAUAGUGGUCCAGAUCAAUCUGGCUGCAAGGUGGAGAAAUCGAUAUUAGAAGACUACGAUAUCCGCCGUUACCUCCCCGAUGUUGACCAAGGAGCUGUUAUUAUAACCACACGGUCGUCAUCUGUCCGUAUCGGAGACCUUUUACCAUUACGUAAAUCACAUAAAAUGGAGGACAGUCUCCGCAUUCUGGAGUCAACGUCGGCUCGGAAAGGCGCUCAGUAUGAUAAUGAUGCUAUCGCUCUUGCGGUAGAACUUGACGGCUUACCACUUGCCCUUUCCACGGCUGGUACCUAUCUGGCGCAGGUUGCGACGUCAUGGAAACAGUAUCUACAAAAUUACGAGACCGAAUAG